AGCACAGUAUAGAAGUAAACAUAUGUACGGUGGUGUAAGUAAGAAAAAGAAGAAGAUUGAUAACUAAAAGUUGUCAUUCAGUGAUGGAGGAAACUUUGCCCGGCACCAGCACUGAGGUUCAACAUAAAAAUGUAUCACCAGUACCAAAACUACUGGGAGACCCAGUGGUUGUUCCUGUUCUCCAGGCUGUUUCAGUACCGGAAGUACUGGCGGUGCCAGUAGUUGAUCCCAUUGUAGUUCAUGUUCCUGAGGCUGCUACAAAAAAUGAAAAACCUUUGAAUAUGUCCGCGGGAGCUUGUAAGCUUCGCUCUUGGUUGAAUAAAUCCUUCAGGGUGGAAAUGACAGAUGGAAGAAUUCUCAUAGGAAUAUUUCUGUGCACUGAUAGGGAUGGUAACAUAAUUUUAGGAUCAUGCUCUGAAUACUUGCCAAUAGAAAAAGGUAAAGUUCUAAAUGAAGAACCAAGAAUGUUGGGGUUGGUAAUGAUUCCUGGUAAACAUGUUGUUAGCAUUAAAAUAGAUCCAAGCGAGUAUGUGCCAGGAGUGAAAAAACUCCUGAGUAAAGAUGUGAAUCCUGAAGAAGUUAUGUGAUGUACUAUCCUUAAGUAUUUAUUAUUUUCAAGUUGACAAAAAAAUAUACUGUCAAUUUUUUGUGACCGAUGAA